AUGAAUCGCGACAUCCUCCAAGUCAUACGAGUGAUGUUACGGGACUACCAGUUGGACGAGAAGGAAUGGGACUACCUCCUACCGGUGGUGCAGCCCAACCUCAACCAAACUCCAGCAGUGUCAUUAGCCAACAAGUCUCCUAUGGAACACUUCACGGCCCUCAACCCAACGACCCCUUUGGACGUCGUUGUGGUGGGCAUGAACAAGGAUCUCUGCGAACUUAAGUGGCAACACAAGGACAUCCAGAAGAACCUCGACGAUCUACGAACAAAAGACUUCGACGCCAGCAACGUGACCGAAGGUGACUACGUGCUAUGCUCAAGGUUGGAUGAGCGCUACCAUCCCAAGUGCUCAUCACAUGGGUCGCCCCAACGCAAAGCCCAUACGCCAUGCGUGAAGAUGUAUUCAAGAGCGAGCUUUGAAGUCGCAGAAGAAAUCCGCGAACAUUUUGUCCCCGAUGUGAGCGAAUUCAUGUUGGAAGUGUUCUGGGAAGGCUUUGAAGACUUCGACUCAUCAUGA